UCCUUGCUGCGGCCCCAACUCCGGCUACGGAGUGGCAUCCUACGUGGUCUUCCUUCCUUCCCCCCCAAGGGAAUAGGUUGCUGCUUGGAUACCUACUCCGUUCCCUUCAUUGUCGCUUUGCCUUUUGCGGAUAUCCUGCCUUUUAGCCAACAUUCCAACCCUAUCCGCUUUGCUCGGAAUGGCCCGAUUCGGUCGGGUCAAGAAGUCCCCUAAGGCAGGAACAAAAAAUGCUGACUCGGACAUGCUUGUGCUACCUACGUCAGAUCCCCAACGAGCGCCUCGUGUGAGCUUACCCCAUGUGGAAACGGAAUUGAACAUGCAUCAGUACAAUGGCCUGUUUGAGAUUGGUACCUCUGAGCGUCAGAAGGCAUCCGCAGCCGAAGAGUCGUCCACAGAAACGGUAGUUGCCCCCUCAUCAAACGGCACGAACGGCAUUCAUAAUUCCAUAUCUGGCGAUGUUCCGGCAACCGAAUGGUCAUCCGCUGUCGGCCACGCAGCGACGGGAAAGUCGGGGCGGGUGAUACACAAUCUACAGGAGGAAGUUGCGCGCCUGACCCGCGACUGUAGCGUCUAUCGCUCGAGGGCCGAGGAGACCCAGCGAAUGAACGAUGCCUUCAAGAUCCAAGUCCAGAAUAUGACCGAACGACUCCGCAACCUCGAACAGGCGAAUGAGACCAAUCUGCAUUCCAUUUCACGAAAGGACAAGAAAAUUGAAGAGCUUCGGUUGGAAAUUCAAGGCGAGAAAGAUCGGAGAUCUCAGGCUGAAGGAGAGGCCCGGAAGACAACUCAGUUGAUGGAUGAAGCUCGAGACGAUUUUCAUCGGAAAUGCGCCGAGCUCCAAGAAAUUUCUCACCAUUCCCGAACUCAGUAUGAUGUGCUGGCAAAGACCGGGCAACGGGAACGAGCGGAACAUCUGAAGAAGCUCAAGGUGCUCCGGGAUGAUUUUGUCGCUCUCAAGAAACGAAGUGACGAAAAAGACAGUCAUGUAGAGCGCCUGGACGAACUGAUGGCUGAGAAGGAUCGCGAGCUUGAGAGCAGCAGGCAGAAGUUCGAGGCCCUCUUCGCCGAGUACGAAGCCUACAAACGCACCCAGGACGAAGAAUUGAGAUCACUGAUUGAAAGCGGCCGUGAGGGUGAGGCCAAAAUCAAUGCGGCUCUUGCUGCGCUGCAAGAAACCCAGGGGCAGAUGAAAUGGGCCAUUCAAGUCAAGCAACAAAUCAAGGAUGCCGAAUGAACGAUAACCCCCUGUCAAUAACGAUCCAAGGGAACGUA